AUGCCUCCCACACGUCAGCAACAGCCUCUCUUUCACAAAGAUGAGAAGGUUCUGUGUUUCCACAUGGACAUGCUCUACGAGGCCAAGGUGAUGGAUGUCCAGCCGGGCGAGAAGGCGGGCGAGGGCUUCCGCUACAAGGUCCACUACAAGGGCUGGAAGAACACCUGGGAUGACUGGGUGCUCGCUGACCGGAUCCGACCUCUGGAUCAGGAGCACAAGGAGCUGGCAGCCCAGCUCCACGCACAGUUGAAGAAUAACAUUCAGAAGACGACCAAGCAGCCCAAGAAGAAUGUACGAGGGGCGGCGGAUUCCGCUCGAGGUAGUGAAGAAAGGGGAUCUGCCGCCGCCCAGGCAGGUCGAGGCGCCCGCAGAGGGAAGGAUUGGGAACUUGAACAGGAGGACGCUUUCCACAACAAGCCCAUGAUCAACCUCCCUAUUCCAGAUCACAUCCAAGCGAUGUUAGUUGACGACUGGGAGAACAUCACCAAGAACAACCAACUUGUUCCUCUCCCCCAUCCCAAGCCCGUGAGCAGAAUUUUUGAUGAUUACCUCGACACUGAACGACCAAACCGACCAGAAGGUUCAGCCAGCCUCGAUAUUCUCGAAGAAGUUAUAGCAGGCUUCAGCGAGUACUUUGAGAAGGGAUUGAGCAGAAUUCUGCUCUAUCGCUUUGAGCGUCACCAAUACAUGGAAGUUCGCAAGUUAUGGGAAAACGCAGAAGAGAAUGCCCAGAUCAAAAAUGUUUGUGAUGUGUAUGGUGCAGAGCAUCUUGCUCGCUUGAUUGUUACCCUUCCUGAGCUCCUGGCCCAGACGAAUAUGGAUCAACAGUCCGUGUCACGCCUGAGGGAGGAGAUCGGAAAAUUCACCAAUUGGUUAUCCAAGAACUGCGAGACUUACUUCGUCAACGAGUAUGAGAACCCAACACAAGAAUAUAUCGACAAGGCCAGGAGCUUUUGA